AUGUUCCUCUUUCUUCAUGCAGGUGCUGGGUCUUCUUCUUAUUCAUCUCUCCUUAGGCUAAAGAAGAUUUUAAAGCAGAUGCUUCUAUCUUCAGAUUCACUAAAAGAGCUGGCAAAGGAAAUGGAAGAGUCCUCGAUGUUGAACUGCGGCAAGGGAAGCAAUAAAACACAGCAAAAUGCCAUAGAGAACGAGUGCUGCCAAAUGAGCGAUAAAGAUAAUUUUAUAUCACUAUGCCUCAUUCCUAGCCAUAUACUUCCUUACGAUGCGCUGCAGGAAGAAAAAAAUAAAGAAAGACAGAAGGGCUUGGUAGUCCCACUAAGUACAGCCUAUAGAACAGAAGGAACCUUCAAAUGCCCCACUGGUAUAAAUAACGAGAAAGAUAUAUCAUUAGAUGCCCCGAAUGACACAGUUGGAAUAAUAGAAGUGACUAACUCACUGAUGCAAGGAUAUUCUAGCAGCGGCGGCUUAAAGAAAAAGUAUCCAGGAAGAAUUGGCCCCUGCUCUGUCUACGGGGCAAACACCUUUGUUACCAAAAACGCAGGAGUUGUUAUAUCUGGCACAGGAGAGUCUCUGAUAAAGUGGCAGCUCGCAAAAAGAAUACACAAAUUGUCAAAGAAGUUGCGGGUUGAAAGUAUAAAAACUGUCAUAAGUAGAUUCAUGAAGGAAGAAUCAGAAUUUCCCUAUAUGGCGGGAAUAGCUGUUGUAAAAAAGAGUAGUAGUCUAUUUCUUAUUCAUUUUCAAACAGCAGAGUCGUUUUUAUUUGGAUAUAAAGUGGAGAAGAAAGUUAGAAUAGUACUUCACAGGCAAAAAGCAGGAGAAAUAUUCAUUAAUAUGGAGAAAAUUGAAUGCUCACAGGAAAAAAAUAAAUAA